GAUUGAAUGUUCGAGCGAUUUAUCGGGGAUCUUGAAUCCUCUACUCAGUCCUUCCAGGAGGGUUAAUCGACCUGUGGCAGGAUCGCAAAUCGGAUGAAGGGAGCUGUUUUAGCUGUGAGCUAAAAUGACUUUCAACCGGUUAUUGUCAAGAGCUGCUCUCGUCAGCAAGGUUGGAUCCAGGUCUUUAUUCAAAAGCUCCAUUCCUGACCCUGCUAACCCCAACUGGUUGAGAGUGGGUCUUGCCUUUGGAACAUCUGCUCUCAUUUGGGGCCUGCUCUUCAAGCAGCACAGCACAGAUGUACAUGAGUACAAAGUGAGGAAUGGCCUGGAAUAAGCCUUCACACUGGUCUCCAGGUCCUGUCUAUAGGAUGCACCGGUUCACUUUUCUUCAGUCUGAAUUCUGCAUAAAAUAAAAAUGUAUCAUGUGAAAUAUACAUGAAUCUUGAUCUUUUUGUUCACUUAAA